AUGUCUGCUCCUAACCGCCCCGAGGACGAGAUCGACGACGACCUCCUCGAUGCUGAGGAUGUGGGAGAAGAGGUCGCCAACGACGAUGACCUCGCCAUGGACUCCGACAAUGAGGAGCUGAUCCUCCAAAACGACUCGAUUGCCUUCUUCGACCUGCCCCAAGACUCUCUCUUCACCAUCGCGCAACACCCAGUUCACCCUUCGCUCAUCGCUGUUGGCGGUUCCGCCGGUGAAGCCGACAAUGCUCCUGGAGCUGGCUGGCUCUUUGAUGCUUCCGCUGCCCAGUCGCGCCCUGUGCUCCCCGCGAGCUACGCCAGCGAUCCUUCUGCCCAGCCUCAGACGACUCAGCUCGAGAGCCUGUAUUCUCUACAGGGCCACACAGACUCCAUCAAUGCCCUAGCCUGGACUCUUCCUCAGGGCGAGGUCCUUGUCAGCGCAGGCCUGGACGGCAGGGUUAAAGCCUGGAAGACGGAUGUGCAACCCUCUACGGGCGUCAAGGUCACUCUCCUCGGAGAGGCGCAAGAGGUCGAAGAGAUCAACUGGGUUGCGCCCUGCCCUUCGCCAUCAAAUCCCAACACCAUCGCCCUCGGUGCCAACGACGGCUCCGUCUGGGUCUACACAAUUGAUCCCUCCGACUCCUCCAACCCCCUCCAGAUCGUCCAGUCCUACUUCUUGCACACUGCUUCCUGCACAGCCGGAGCUUGGACACCGGAUGGACAGCUACUGGCUACCGUUUCCGAAGACGGCAGCUUAUACGUCUGGGAUGUGUGGGGACUUGCUGCUGCACAGGGCCUUACCAACGACAACGGCCAGACGGCUGUGUCACUGACGCCCGAGGAUCAGCGAUUCGAGGUCGAGGGCGGUCUGUACUCCAUUGCCAUUGAUCCCAAGGGCGCAUUCCUCGCUACCGGCGGUGCUGGCGGCGCUAUCAAGAUUGUCUCUCUUCCCCGUCUCACAGCUGCCGCACCCGCAAGGUCAGCUCGAGGCGGCAAGUCUGCCGCCGACCCUACCACUGGUGGACAGAUUCUGGCCUCACUUCACAGCCAGACUGACAGCAUCGAGACGAUUGCCCUGUCAGUUGCAUCAACGAACCCUCCCACCACCCUUCUGGCAGCUGGCUCUGUAGACGGCUCCAUCACCGUAUUCGACGCAACCCGUCGCUUUGCUAUCCGAAAGAACCUCGUCGGUGCUCAUGAGGAGCACUCCGUCGUCAAGGUCGAGUUUGUGCCCAACUCAUGGCUGCUCACAAGCUGCGGCAUGGACGGUGUUGUUCGACGAUGGGACCUGCGAGCCAGCGGUGCUACUGGCGGCCCUGAGGGAGGAAGCUCUGGCUUGCUGAAGGAGUGGAGGGGCCACAGAGGCGACGGUGAGGGAGGUGGUGUCUUGGGUUUCGUGCAGGGACAGACUGGCGAGAGAUUGGUGACGGCUGGUGAUGAUGGUGUUUCAUUGGUUUUCGAAGCAUAA